UCUUUGCCAGCUUGUCAGGGGGGUGAGGCGACACUGCCUUCAGAAACCUGUGAGAGUCGCAUCUGAUCAGAGGUGAUACUAGCCGGAGAGAAACGCUUUAUCCAGCUUCCAGGGCUGCUGCCGUCAUGUCCAGAGACACAAAGACAACAACGGGAGAGGAGAUUAUGGAGUCCAAGGUAAUGUGGUACCCAGACUCCAAGAAGAAUACCCAGAUGGACAAAUUCAGAUCAGAGGUGAACAGAGAUUUUGGAUUGAAACUGGCGAACUACAAUGAGCUGUACCAGUGGUCUGUGGAGAACUACCCGGAGUUCUGGGCAGAGGUGUGGCGGUUCUGUGGCAUUGUGUGCUCCUGCAUGUAUGAGGAGGUGGUUGACCGGACAAAGAGAAUCUCUGAUGUUCCUGAAUGGUUUAGAGGCAGCCAGCUAAACUACGCCGAGAAUCUACUGAAGCAUAAGGAUCAGGACAAAAUAGCUCUGUAUGCAGCAACGGAAGCGAAGGAGGAGAUCACCAAGGUGACGUUCAGGGAGCUGAGGCGAGAUGUCGCGCUCUACGCUGCUGCCAUGAGGAAGAUGGGGGUGAAGACGGGGGACAGGGUGGUCGGUUAUCUACCCAACAGCAUUGACGCCGUGGAGGCCAUGCUGGCAACAGCGAGUAUCGGAGCCAUCUGGAGCUCCACUUCCCCCGACUUCGGGGUCAACGGAGUCCUGGAUCGGUUCUCCCAGAUCCAGCCCAAACUCAUCUUCUCCGUCUCUUCGGUUGUGUACAACGGCAAGGAACAUGACCACAUGGAGAAACUCCAGAGCGUAGUCAAAGGGUUACCUGACCUGAAAAAGGUGGUAGUGAUCCCGUAUGUCCGUUCAAGAGAUGCUACAGAUCUCUCCAGAAUCCCGAACAGUGUGUUCCUGGAAGACUUCUUGGCCAUGGGAAAAGAAGGAGACCAGGAUCCACAGCUGGAGUUCGAGCAGCUGCCCUUCAGUCACCCUCUCUUCAUCAUGUACUCCUCAGGAACCACCGGGGCACCGAAAUGCAUGGUCCAUUCUGCAGGGGGCACCCUCAUUCAGCAUCUGAAGGAACACAUUCUCCAUGGCAACAUGAGCAGCAGUGAUGUCAUCAUUUACUACACCACUACGGGCUGGAUGAUGUGGAACUGGUUGAUGUCUUCUCUUGCCACCGGCUCCUCGGUGGUGUUGUACGAUGGCUCUCCACUAGUGCCGACUCCCAACGUGCUGUGGGACUUGAUUGACAGACUAGGAAUAACUAUUUUUGGCACCGGGGCCAAGUGGUUGUCUGUACUUGAGGAAAGGAACCUGAAACCAGCUGAAACCCAUAACCUGCACACACUCCACACCAUCCUGUCCACUGGCUCUCCCCUCAAACCUCAGAGCUACGAAUAUGUCUACAAAGACAUUAAGAGUAACAUUCUGCUGGGAUCCAUCUCAGGUGGAACAGAUAUUGUUUCCUGUUUUAUGGGGCAGAACUUCACAAUUCCCGUGCACAAAGGAGAAAUCCAAGCCAGGAAUUUGGGAAUGGCGGUGGAAGCCUGGAACGAUGAAGGGAAGCCUGUGUGGGGAGAAAGUGGAGAGCUGGUAUGUCAGAAGCCCAUUCCUUGUCAACCAACCCACUUCUGGAAUGACGAGAAUGGAAGCAAGUACCACAAAGCCUACUUCUCCACCUUCCCUGGUGUUUGGGCUCAUGGGGACUACUGCAAAAUCAACCCUCAGACAGGAGGCCUUGUGAUGCUGGGGAGAAGUGAUGGUACUCUGAACCCCAAUGGUGUACGAUUUGGAAGCUCCGAAAUCUAUAACAUUGUGGAAGCUUUCGAGGAAGUGUCCGACAGUCUUUGCGUCCCCCAGUACAGCAAAGACGGGGAGGAGAGAGUGAUCCUCUUUCUAAAGAUGGCACCCAAGCAAGCCUUCGGGCCGGAGCUGGUGAAGAAGAUUCGAGAUGCCAUCCGGGUGGCACUAUCGGCUCGUCACGUCCCCGCUCUCGUCCUGGAGACCAAAGACAUUCCGUACACGAUAAGUGGGAAGAAGGUGGAAGUCGCUGUCAAGCAAAUCAUUGCUGGAAAAGAAGUUACCCAGCGUGGGGCAUUCUCCAACCCUGGCUCAUUGGACCUGUAUAAGAAUCUGCCAGAGCUGCAGAACUUCUAAAGACAGCUGCCUGGGACAGGAUAUAAGAGAUGAAGGGG